CUGGAGAAGAUGCAGACACAGGACAUCCUGAAGAUGCUGCGGCUGCCCGAGCUGGGCGACUUGGGCCAGUUUUUCCGCAGCCUCUCGGCCACCACCCUCGUGAGCAUGGGCGCGCUGGCCGCCAUCCUCGCCUACUGGUUCACCCACCGGCCGAAGGCCUUGCAGCCGCCCUGCAACCUGCUGAUGCAGUCGGAAGAACUGGAGGAUGGGGACGGGGCCCGGCGGUCUGUGAUCACGAGCAGCCCUCAGCUGCUCACCCACUACUACGACGACGCUCGGACCAUGUACCAGGUGUUCCGCCGCGGGCUCAGCAUCUCAGGCAACGGGCCCUGUCUUGGCUUCAGGAAGCCCAAGCAGCCGUACCAGUGGCUCUCCUACCAGGAGGUGGCCGACAGGGCUGAAUUUCUGGGGUCCGGACUUCUGCAGCACAACUGUAAAGCGUGUACAGACCAGUUUAUUGGUGUUUUUGCACAAAAUCGGCCAGAGUGGAUCAUCGCGGAGCUGGCCUGCUACACGUACUCCAUGGUGGUGGUCCCGCUCUACGACACCCUGGGCCCCGGGGCCAUCCGCUACAUCAUCAACACAGCGGACAUCAGCACCGUGAUCGUGGACAGGCCUCAGAAGGCCGUGAUUCUGCUGGAGCACGUGGAGAGGAAGGAGACGCCGGGCCUCAAGCUGAUCAUCCUCAUGGAGCCGUUGGAGGAGGCCCUGGCAGAGCGAGGGCGGAUGUGCGGGGUGGCCAUUGAGUCCAUGCAGGCCGUGGAGGACUGUGGCCGAGAGAAUCGCCGUGCUCCCGUGCCCCCGCAGCCGGACGACCUCUCCAUCGUGUGUUUCACGAGUGGCACGACAGGGAACCCAAAAGGUGCGAUGCUCACCCAUGGGAACGUGGUGGCUGAUUUCUCAGGCUUUCUGAAAGUGACAGAGAAAGUGAUCUUUCCGAGACAGGACGAUGUGCUCAUCUCCUUCCUGCCUCUGGCUCACAUGUUUGAGAGAGUCAUCCAGUCUGUCGUCUACUGCCACGGAGGGCGCGUUGGCUUCUUCCAGGGGGACAUCCGCCUCCUCUCGGACGACAUGCAGGCUCUCCGCCCCACCAUCUUCCCUGUGGUCCCUCGACUGCUGAACCGGAUGUACGACAAGAUCUUCAGCCGGGCAAACACGCCGCUGAAGCGCUGGGUGCUGGAGUUCGCCGCGAAGCGUAAGCAGGCUGAGGUCCGCAGUGGAGUCAUCAGGAACGACAGCAUCUGGGACGAGCUCUUCUUCAACAAGAUCCAGGCCAGUCUUGGGGGGUGUGUGCGGAUGAUCGUCACGGGGGCCGCCCCGGCAUCACCCACAGUCCUGGGAUUCCUCCGGGCAGCUCUGGGGUGCCAGGUUUACGAAGGUUACGGCCAGACCGAGUGCACAGCUGGAUGUACCUUCACCACGCCUGGGGAUUGGACCUCAGGGCACGUAGGGGCGCCGCUGCCUUGCAACCAUAUCAAGCUCGUCGAUGUCGAAGAACUGAACUAUUGGGCCUGCAAAGGAGAGGGAGAGAUAUGUGUGAGAGGCCCAAAUGUAUUCAAGGGCUACCUGAAAGAUCCGGACAGGACAAACGAGGCCCUGGACGGCGAUGGCUGGCUUCACACCGGAGACAUCGGGAAGUGGCUGCCGACAGGAACUCUUAAAAUUAUCGACCGGAAAAAGCACAUAUUUAAACUCGCUCAGGGAGAAUACGUUGCACCCGAGAAGAUCGAGAACAUCUACAUCCGGAGCCAGCCUGUGGCGCAGAUCUACGUCCACGGGGACAGCCUGAAGGCCUUUCUGGUGGGCAUCGUGGUGCCUGACCCCGAAGUCAUGCCCUCCUGGGCGCAGAAGAAAGGAAUCGAAGGGACAUACGCAGAACUCUGCACAAAUCAGGAUCUGAAGAAAGCCAUUUUGGAAGACAUGGUGAGGUUAGGAAAAGAAAGUGGACUCCAUUCUUUUGAACAGGUUAAAGCCAUUCACGUCCAUUCUGACAUGUUCUCAGUUCAGAACGGCUUGCUGACGCCAACACUAAAGGCUAAGAGACCUGAGCUGAGAGAGUACUUCAAAAAAGAAAUAGAAGAGCUUUACUCAAUUUCCAUGUGA